CACAGCCACUUUCUGUCUGGAAUCAACAGAUGAAGCAGCUCGCUCUGCUCAGACACUCGUCCGUCUGUCGUGACAGAGUCUGACUCUGAGGAAUCAUCAUCAUCAUGUCUUCAAACUCAAACCUCACGACCAUGAAGCGCACUGUGGAGCAGCUCAAACUCGAAGCCAGCGUGGACAGAAUCAAAGUUUCUCAAGCCGCUGCAGAUCUACAGCAGUACUGUCUCCAGAACGCCAGUAAAGACGCUCUUCUGGUCGGCGUCCCAGCUGCGAGUAACCCGUUCAGAGAGCCGCGCUCAUGUGCCCUGCUCUAGAACACAGGAGAAAGGAGGAAGAUCAAUGGAACACUGGUCUUUUAUAUUAUGCAACAACAUGAAAUGAAACUUCAAUGCAAAUCUGAGAAUACCGAUGCCUUAAAUGUCAUAUUUUGUAUAUUUGUCUCAUUUUUAAAUAUUCAGCUUUUUUGGGGGGAAUGUUAAAUAAUUAUUUGAAACUGAAGCAUUGAUCUUUAUGAAGGAUUUGGAUUUAUCUAGAAUAAAUUAUUAUUAUUAUAUUUAUUAUUAUAUUUUAAAACAAAGACAACUAGUAGUCCUAGUAGUCAAUGAUUUAAAAAUGCAAAAUAAAUAUCUAUUUAUUUCUAUAUCUGUCUAUCAAUAAAAAUGCAUGUUCUGUUUCUA